GUGACGGACGUCGUCGUCGUCGUCCACAUCACGUGAUUAUUUCUCUUUCGUCGAUGGUAAACAAUGGUCGAUUGUGGAUCCAACGAUGCUACCAACAGAUUUGUUUGUCCCAACGAUAGGCAAUUGGCGCUUAGAGCGAAACUCAAAGCUGGUUGGAGUGUCAAAACAGCCACCUUAAACACCCACGGAACCGCCCCCACGCAGCCUUUGGGGCCUGAAGAGCAAGAAGCCAUCGUCAAUGUUAUCAAACGGGCGGAAGAAAUCGACCUCACGGAGCAAGAGCGAGUAGGACGUCUGGUUGAACGUCUCGAAAACAUGCGUCGCAACGCUCUGGGACGCAGCCCCUCGCAGUGUCUGCUCUGUGGUGACGGUUUUGGGAUGUUGGGGGCCCAGAAAGUCCUCUGUAUCGAUUGUCGACGACUCGUGUGCCAAAAAUGCGCCAUUGAAACGUACACCAAAAGCGCGAGAAAUUAUUGGUUGUGUAUGAUUUGUGCCGAAACACGCGAAAUUUGGAAAAAAUCAGGCGCGUGGUUUUUUAAGAGUAUUCCCAAAUAUAUUCUUCCAGCGGAGAAGAAUCAAAAUUUUAGACACAGUCUUGGGAAAAUUGGGAGGAAUUCCAAGGGGAAUUACAGGGAUGAGGACAGCUCGUCGGAUGAGGAGAGGAAAAUUUGGACCAGGGUACACAGGAGGAAUUCCAGUACGGAAAGCACCCACGAUGGUCACGAGUCCGUCCAAGACGUUGCCACGAUGUCGACCCACAAAAGACAAUCCAGCGCUAGCGAAUCCCAACAAACCAAAGAACUUGAGGCUUUAAAGGGCUUAGGAUCUAUGAAUUUAAGCGAGACAAGUUUCAAGGAUCAAGCAGAGGGAUCCGAGUUAUCCCGGAGGGAAUCCACAGUUAGCAGAUCCUUAUCAGAGUGGAAUUGGAGCGAUAGCAGGAGCGAGGAUAGAGUUUCACCGAGUACUUCGAGUGUCAGCAGCAGCAUAUUUAAAAGCAUCCUGGAAGAGCAUAAGCCUUCCGACCACUCCCUGGGUACCAUCGAGCUCUCCCUCUCCUAUGACCCCAUCACCUCCACCCUCCACUGCACCGUCUACCGUGCCAAAAACCUCAUACCCAUGGACAUCAACGGCCUUUCCGACCCCUUCUGCAAACUCAACAUCCUCCCAAACGCCAAACCCUCCACCCGUCUCCGCACCAAGACCGUCCACAAGACACGCAACCCCGAAUUCAACGAGAACCUCACCUUCUACGACAUCUCCGAAACCGACCUCUCCAAGAAAUCCCUCCACAUCCUGGUGGUCGACGACGACAAAUUCGGACAUGAUUACAUGGGUGAGACUAGAAUCGGACUAGCCAAACUUAAACAACAAAACACAAUCUACGUUGCCGCCUCAUUGGAGGAAAUGAGACAGGAGCAAAAAGGGCCACUCCCAACACCGGAAUUGAACCAAUGGUUCGACGAUCUCUGGUCACGUGGACAAAUUCUCCUCUCGCUGUGCUAUAGUACGAAGAGAAGGGCGUUGCUUGUGAUGGUUUGCAGGUGUGCCAACUUACUACCGAUGGAUAAUAACGGGUUUUCGGACCCUUUUGUCAAAUUGCAAUUACGACCAGAUCCUUACCACAGGAAACAUAAAACUUCCAUUAAGUGGAAAAAUCUAAAUCCGGUAUAUAACGAGGAAUUCGCUUUUGAGACACGCCCCACUGAGUUGGCCACUCAAAGUCUUUAUAUCACAGUCUACGAUAAGGAUUAUGGCAAAAGUAACGACUAUUUGGGGGGCUUGAUUGUGGGGGGCACAGGAUCGAAGGGCUCAAGGUUGAAACAGUGGCUAGAUAUGAUUAGAUAUCCCGAUCAUAGACACGAAGCUUGGCAUAAUUUAACCGAAGAAAUUCUAGAUUGAAUUGUUAUUGGACCAAAUUGAAAUAAAUUCAAAGCUUUUCA